AUGGAAAGAGUACAGAAACGCAACCACGAUUGGACUCACCAGAGGCAUCACAUAGAUAAGUCCUUCAUAACUCUUAGUUACAAUACUAGGGGUAUACUACCUCUUCUGCUAAGUGUUUUCUACGAGCUUCGUAUUGAGUGUAACGCUGUCACUCCUUGGCUUCAGGGAACUUUGGCAGCAAUCAAGCAUGUGGCUGGCGAUAACGUGAACGUGGUUGGGCGUAUGUGCAUGGAACGUUCGCCUCGAGUGGCGUUUUUAUGGCUCGGUUGCAUCAUACUAGGCCUACAGGACAAGAUUCUCCAGAGAGUUCAUUUUGGACAGAUUCCGGUUGACAUCCACUCCGCCGCAUGGUCGGGAACGGUUCAAUCCUUUAUUCAGCAACGUGUGUCCCACCCUCUCACAACAGAUGGGCGUAUCUCUCGCGCGGAUGAGUGUCGACUUCUUUUCCUUUCUCAGUCAGACGACCACGUUCGGAUCCCUGUCUGUCAAUGGAAACCAUUUGGCAAAACUCCGGUCGAGGAUGUCGACACGGAGGUCCGAGUUCAUCACCAAUGCGAAGAUCAUUGGCUUCAAUAUGAGGGUAUCGAUUGGGAAUGCGAGGAUGGCAACUUUGAAUUCCAGUCAUCGCAAAAUGAAGGCAGUCGGAACGUUUCAGGCGAAUCCUUGGUACGGCAGGCCAAUAUUACGUCCGAUGGAGUCUCACACUACGAAGAACUGGAUCGGGAUCGGGAAGCUAUCUCGCAGAACGCAACACGCAGCAUCUUUGGUUGGUUGCGUUUGGACGGCUAUGCGAAGGGCGAACGGAAUAUAUGGAACCAUGAGUGGUUUGAUAUGUCUGAAUCCGACGACGAUAUGGAAGAUGAUGAAAAUACAUCCAUUGUCUCAGCCCAACCUUCGUCGCGGGUAGAGAGUUGGGUUUUGAACACGGAGACUUCCACGAGUGGUUCCUAG